AUGUCCAAACAAUACCUUGCCCUCCAUAGCAUCGAUAAUGCGCACCCUUCAGACGUCUUCGCCUUGGCCACGACAUCAUCGUCUAUCAUUUCGGCCUCAGGCGACCCUACCAUAACCAUCCAUUCCACCAGCAGUAGCGAAGACGGCACCGCAUUUCCCCUCACACAAGUCCUGUCGGGCGCGCACGCUCUUGGCUGCCACCACCUCGCUACGUCUCCGGCAGGCACGCGCCUCGUCUCCGUUGGCUUCGGCGGCGAGCUUAAGAUCUGGGACCAUGCAGAAGCUAAAUGGAGUCUCUCCGGGGAGAUCCUAGAUGGGGUGGUGCGCAAGGGCAAGGCAGGCGGUGCUAAGAGCAAAGCGGGCGAAGUUUGGGCUGUGGCCAUCAGCGCGGACGGAGCGUACGUCGCGGCGACGACGGCGGACGGUGGCAUCAACGUGUGGGAUGUGCAAGAUCCCAAACAGCCACGGAAGCUGGCGGAAUAUGCCAGCAAGGGCAGUUUCGGCAUGUGCGUCGAUCUAAGCGCGGACGGGCGGUUCGUGGCUACUGGAACGGAGGGAGGCAACGCGUUUGUGUUCAGCACGAGUGGUACGGGAAGGCUGCUGCAUAGUCUGCCGGGCCUGGUGAAACCGGUAAGGGCGGUCAAGUUUAGCCCAGGCUCGAAGCUGCUGGCCGCGGCGGGGGACGCAAGGGUCGUGUCACUUUACGAUGCGGAGUCAGGCGAGCAGGUGGCGAAUCUACAGGGCCAUGAGGGGUGGAUCACGAGCCUGGACUGGAGUGCAACGGGAGCGUAUCUGCUGAGUGGUGGCCUGGAUGGUCGGGUCAAGGUGUGGGAUGUGGAGGUGCGGAAAUGUGUGGCUACGCAUAGCGAGAGUGAGAAAGGUCUAUGGGCUGUGAAGUGGUUGCCAAAGGGAGACACGAGCGUUGAGAGAGGGAAGGCCGAACGAUUCGUCACUGCAGGAGCAGCAGGAAGUGUGGCAAUUUACAGAGAGGCGACCGGUGGUUGA